AAUGUAUUUUAAGAGAUAACACAACGUUUUUUGAAUUUGUAAAAUUAGUCCAAAAAGCCAUGAAUUUAAAAUAUUAAAAUUUAGACUAAUCCUUAAAAAUGAGAAUAUUUAAAUCUGUAGGAGUUGAAAUAUUUGAGGAUGACAUAAAAUACAUAAAAGCAAAUUAAAUACUAUACAUUUCCCCAAAUGGUCAAGAUUUUGAUGAAUCUAAUAACUUCGCAGUCUAUAAACUUGGAAAAUUAAUAGGAAAAGGUGGUUUUGGACAGGUAUAUGAAUCUAAACAUAGAAUUACACACGAAAAAUUUGCUAUAAAAAUAAUUAACGGAUCUGCAUUUAAAGUAAAUAAAAUAGCUGAAAUGAUGUUUAAAGAAAUCGGAAUUUUAAAAAAUUUAGACCACAAAAAUAUAGUAAAAGUUCAUAAUUUUUUCACAUUGUAACCAGAAAUGAAAGUAGCAAUUGUACUAGAGUAUUUAGAAGGAGGUGAUUUACGUUAGUAUAUAGAAAGAUAACAAAGUAAAUAUAUAGAAGAAUAAAAAGCCAGGCAUUUAUUUUUAUAAAUAUAUAGUGCCAUGUAAUAUUGCCAUUGUGAAAAAAUAAUACAUAGAGAUUUAAAACUAGAAAAUAUAAUGUUUACAAAUAAAAAUCAUGAUAUUAUCAAAAUAGUAGAUUUUGGUAUUUCCGGAAAUUAAAAUCUUAUUAAUAUCGAUUAUACAGAAAGUGGUUCUGUCCGUUAUUUUGCACCAGAAGUUAUUACUUCUAAAGUCCCAGCUCAUCCUUCUAUUGAUGUUUGGGCUUUGGGUUGUAUUUUGUAUUGGAUGUUGGUUGGAAGUUCACCUUUUCCAUAAAACUCGAAGUAAUAAGUAUAUGAAAGUAUUAUUAAAGGUAGUUAUUAGUUUCCAAAAGAGACAAAGUAAAGGAUAACAAAAUCAGCAGUUAAUCUUAUUGAAAAAAUGCUUGUUGUUGAUAUUUCAAAAAGAAUUACUAUGCUAGAAAUAGGAUAACAUGAUUGGAUUUAAAAAAAUGUUAAUGAAAUAGAGUAUAAAUAAUCUAAUUUAUAUUAGAGGAAUGCUUGA